AUGUUGCUUGUUCAGGUUAUCCUCAUAUCCGUGCUUGCGGUCUUGGUCUGGCACAAUAAGUUCCUUGCCAAAACUCUGAAUACCAUCAUUUCAGCGCCUAUUAAUGUCUAUCUGUGCUGGAAGCACCCGGUCAAGUCCCUGAACAAACGCACGAACAUACCAACCUGCCCAUUCCAACUUCCAAAUGGGCAAGGGAACGUCAAAUUUGCGGAAGGUCGAGCCUAUUCUCGCGCAUGGGCAAGCACUUUUGGCCAACUAUAUCGUAUCUGGGCUGGUACCACCCCUGAAGUGGUCCUCACCCGUCAUGAGCAUAUGCCCGUUGUAUUCAAAGACUCCCACCUACACACCAAGUCCUUCAAUUUUGACGCUGGUUGGCUGUUUGGCGAGCUUGUAGGGAAAGCCGUUGGCCUUCUGAGUGGUGAAGAUUGGAACCGGGUGCGAGACGUCUUUGCUCCUAGCUUUCAUCGAGCCAAAGUCGACGAAUUUCUGCCGGUCAUGCAACGACGUGUCAAACAAUGCCUUGAUGAGCUGCAUGCAUCACCUAAAGUCCACGUGAAUGGGGUUUUGACCGUCAGUCCGGCGGAUGAUCUCCGAUUGUUAUCAUUUUGGAUUCUCUGUGAUAUCCUGUACGGGGACAUAACGCCAGAUAUGGAAGCCAACUUGCUCGAGAUCGUGAGGGAGAGGGAGCAGGUCUGGGCAAAAGUUACUGCUGGGGGGCUCUCCCGCCUUUCCAUCGGGCGACACUUGCCAACUGCUUCAAAACGAACACUCAAGCUCUUUCGCUCACACUGGUACCAAUUCAAUCGACAGGCUUGCAAUCGUGCCCGCCAGUCCUUUGAUGGAAAACCCCCAGUCUGCGCUUAUUAUGAAGCGGUGGAACGCCAAGAGCUCACUGAGAGAGAAAUGCUCGAUACCAUGGAUGAAAUCCUGUUCGCCAACCUUGAUGUGACAAUUGGCAGUCUCUCUUGGGUGUUGAUAUUCAUGGCUACUCAUUCCAAGAUUCAAGAUGAGCUACGAGAAGAGAUCCGCAGAAACUUCUCUGAGGAGUCUCCCGCUCUCUGGGAUCAGUACAUCUCGCGAUCAUCUACACUCUUGAUGGCAUGUCUUCUGGAAUCAGCUCGUCUACGACCGAUUGCGUCAUUCUCUGGCGCACAAAGUCCACCGACAGACCGCGAAGUAGACUCGUACGUUAUACCUGGAGGAAUGAAUGUCACAGUGGAUAUCCACGGCUUGAACAUUGACGAUCCCUCUUGGGGAGAUGACCGCGAUCAAUUCAACCCACGGCGAUUCCUAGAUGCAAAAAACCAAUCCGCUUUCCGGUACCGGCUUUGGCGAUUUGGGUUUGGUCCGAGACAAUGCCUCGGUAAAUAUCUCGCUGACCUGUUUUUGAAGGUUCUCUUGGCCCAUAUUGUUGAGAAUUACCACAUCGAGAUGAAACAUUCCUCGCCUGUAUCUUUAGAUGACCUGAAGGGGAAUUCGGCAGGUUGGAUCAAUCUCGCUGCGGAAGAUGUCGUCUGGGUGCCCAUCAAUCGUCAUUUUUGA